AUGACAGAAAAGAUCCAGCUCUAUAAGCCACGUGAUCGUGUCAAGGUUACUCUUAAGAAGAAGUAUUCUUCUCGCCGCAAGGCAUCAGUAGUCGCUCCAAAGUUAAGAAGCUCCUUGCAGCCAGGUGUUGUUUGCAUCUUAUUAGCUGGUCCAUACAAGGGUAAGAGAGUUGUCAUGUUGAAGGCUCUUCCAUCAGGUUUAGUAGUUGUGACGGGUCCAUAUGCCUUAAAUGGUGUUCCAGUCAGAAGAGUAAACCCAGCCUAUAUCAUUGCAACCAGCACUAAGGUUGAUGUCUCCAAGGCAGAUGUCUCUAAGUUCACAGAUGAGUACUUUAAGGUUGAUAGAUCUAAGCUCAGAAAGAACAAGGAUGCUUUCAUGGAUCAAGGCGAUGAAACCAAGGUAAAUAGAGUUGUAAGUGAGGAGAGAAAGAAGACCCAACAAGUUUUGGAUGCAUCUAUCAUCCCAUCCAUUCAAUCAAAUCCAUUGAUGAUGAGCUACUUAAAGACCAGAUUUACCUUGACCAAUGGUAUGUUCCCCCAUAAGCUCAAGUUCUAA